AUGAGCCCCUCACCACCCAAACUGCCCUCGGUCUUAGUGAACAUCAUCUCCUCGCACGCCGGCCCCAUCAACGCCAUCACCUUCUCCUCUCUCGGCGGCACUUACAUCCUCACCGGCAGCUCAGACCGACAAGUCCACCUGACGCGCACGGAGCCGUCCAAGCCGUCCGCAGAGAAACCAUCGCCCUCCGUCCCGAUUCAGAAGUACGCCGCCCAUGGUUACCCCAUUCUCGACAUCGACUGCGCCCAGGACAACCAGACCUUUGCAUCGGUAGGCGGCGACCGUGCCGUAUUCCUCUGGGACGUCCAGGCUGCGGACGGCACGCUGAGGAGAUUUGGGAAUAAUACCACGCAGGGGCACACGAGCCGGAUCACAUGCGUAAAGUUUGCUGGGGACGGGGACGGAGUGCUCGUGAGUGGGAGCGAUGAUACGAGCGUGAGACUGUGGGAUGUCAAGAGCCGGGACGUACGACCACUCAUGGUGCUCGAAGAGGCCAAAGACGGUAUUUCGAGUGUCGUAGUGCCCGGGAACGGACACGAGGUUGUAGCAGGGAGCAUUGAUGGUAGGGUGCGCUCCUACGACAUCCGCACGGGCAAAGUGGCCGUGGACGUGAUGCCCGGCAGCGUGACCAGCCUGGACGUCUCGCGCGAUGCCAAAACAAUCCUGGUGGGGUGCCUCGACGGCAGGAUCCGACUGAUAGAUCGAGGAGACGGGACGUGUCUGAAGGCUUUCCCUCCCGAGGACGCCAGGGAAGGGUACAAGAACGAGGGUCUCCGGUUGAGGAGCUGUCUUGGCGCCAACGAGAGCCUAGUGCUCAGUGGAAGCGAAAGCGAUGGGGACGUUCGCGCCUGGGAUGUCCUCUCGGGCAAGAGCGUCGGGAGAGUCCAAGUCAGCGACUCUGGCCGAGUGGUGAGCGUGGUGAGAUGGAGAGAAGGCAGCCAGGCGCAGGCACGGCGGAGUCUCUGGGCUGGUGGAGGUGCUGACGGCGUGGUCAAGAUCUACGGCGCAGGAUGA